AUGGCUGCGCGGGUUAAGGCUAUGGAACCCACCGCUCCUCGUGAUGUCGUUGAUUCGUAUUGUAAGCUUUACAUGCGUGCGCGUCAUGAUCCUGGACCAUACACUGAAGCGGACUAUUUCACUUUUGUCGAUCUACACGAUCAACUUAUCAAGCGCGUUAUCCGAAAAGGUGCUGCAUCAUCUAAGCCGACAAAGCCCGAAUCUCGAGCAGUCUCUUCAAAAUCCGAGCAAUCGGAUGUUAAAUCUGCCAAGCUCACAACCGUAUCUGCCGGCCUUCGUGCCUGCUCAGAUAGACAUCGCAAAGUGGCAACUUAUCAGCAGAUGGAAUCUGCUGAUGACAAUUUGGCGCUGGCUUCCAAUAUAGGAGAUCCGUCUCAUUUCGAUACUUCCCAGUUCUAUUCGCGCGCCUGCACAGACGAUAAUACAGUUUUCUUGCCUGUUCUCCGAAGUAGCCCAGUGGAUAGUUUGCAAAUGCAAGUUAUUCACGACAAAGGUGAACUAUCAAGCCAAAGUGAAGCAGGCAGUUCCCUCCCUCCAGCGGUCACCUCUGUGUCGGGUAAUCCAUUCCUUCCGUACAACAGCACACUAACUCAUUCCCUUCGUGCUAAUGCAAGAACUCCUCUAAGUCGUAGUAGCAGCGCUGCAAGUGAUGACUCUCAAACAGCGCUUAUCUGUCUGGACAAUUCGAGAGCGACCACAGGCCGCAUCCAUGACCUUCAACAUCGUGGAUAA